AUGCCUCUCAUCAAGGGGAAGAUGCGUCAGGAGGAGGAUUCCGACUCGGACGAAUCCUUCCACUGCUGCGGAAGGCCAGAGGACCUCGUCGAAGAUUGGCGAUCCUCGAUGGAAGCUCCCAAGCCAGAUGGGAAUGAAGUACACGUCCCCGACGAGCAAGAGUACUACCUCUACUCCGCUGGCCUUGACCGCCUGAAAUCCCCCGGCAAUGGACCAAGCCGCGGCUCAUGUUCCUCAAUCCACGCCAUCCCCCGCUGCUCAACCGUCUAUUCCUCUGAUUCCGACCGCACUCGGAUCGCAAGCCCUCUCCUCAUCAUCAAGACCGGCGAUGUGGUCUUGCCAUCCUCUUCACCCGAAAUUAGGCGAAAGAAGCCCAAAUGGAAGAUCCUCAUCCGUCCGCCCCACAGCUUCGUCCGAAUGGCCAUCAGCCCAACCCAGGAUCGCCCGCCAAGCCCUGAGCUUCCAACUGCCCAAGCCUCAGCUCCUCACGGCCCUCCACCAUCAGCUUCUUCUCUUCGUCGACGGGGACUGGUCUUCACUCCGAGCAGCCUCCCUCAGGAACUCAAGGAAUUGGCCGAGACUCAAGAUUCAGAUGGAAGUGGCACUUGA